CUGCCUCGGGGGGAGAGGGCUCCUCCAGCCCUCUCUCACCGCAGCAGCUUGGGGCCAGGGGAGAAGCGCCUCUCCAUGGCCACUGCAGCUCCAGCACAAGGAUGCAUGUCCUCCUGCUGGGGCAUAAAAUAAUGAAGAACUGGGGUGUUGUUGGAGGAAUAGCUGCUGCUCUGGCAGCAGGCAUAUAUGUUCUCUGGGGUCCCAUCACUGAAAGAAAGAAACACAGGAAAGGGCUUGUGCCUGGUCUUCUCAACUUAGGAAACACAUGUUUCAUGAACUCUUUGCUGCAAGGCUUAUCUGCUUGUCCAUCUUUCAUCAAGUGGCUGGAGGACUUUACAGCCCAAUACAAGACGGACCAGAAUGAAUCGUCGGAGCGCCAAUGUUUGUCCCUUACUUUGCUGUGCCUCCUGAAAGCUUUAUCCUGCCAAGAGGUCACAGAAGAUGAUGUCGUGGAUGCAAGCGGUUUGUUAGAAGUGUUAAGGCUCUACAGGUGGCAGAUCUCGUCAUUUGAAGAGCAGGAUGCUCAUGAACUAUUCCAUGUCCUUACAUCUUCGUUGGAAGAUGAGCGAGAUCGUCAGCCCCGGAUUACACAUUUAUUUGAUGUUCAUUCAUUAGAGCAGCCAGAAGUAACCCCAAAUCAAAUAAGCUGCAGAACAAGAGGGUCACUUCACCCUGUGUCAACACACUGGAAGUCUCAACAUCCUUUUCAUGGAAGGCUGACCAGUAACAUGCUUUGCAAACACUGCAAACAACAGAGUCCUGUGAGAUGUGAUACAUUUGACAGUCUUUCGCUGAGUAUUCCUGCAGCCAUGUGGGGUCGUCCUAUGACACUGGACCACUGUCUCCACCAUUUCAUCUCUUCAGAAUCCGUAAAGGAUGUAGUAUGUGACAAUUGCACGAAAAUUCAAGCAGAAGGGAAACUGAAUGGGCAAAUCACAGAAAACCAGAGGACAACAUUUGUUAAACAAUUAAAGUUAGGGAAGCUUCCUCAGUGUCUGUGUAUCCAUCUGCAAAGGCUAAGUUGGUCAAAUCAAGGCAUGCCUCUGAAACGUAAUGAACACGUGCAGUUCAAUGAGUUCCUAAUCAUGGACAUCUACAAAUACCACCUCCCUGUCCAUAAAUCAAGCCAGCCUGAUCUAAACCAGAAAGGCAAUCCAUGGAUGUCGUCUGAAACAAAGGACUGGUCAGCAGUUAAUGCCUCAGAUCUGGAGCCGACAUGUAGCACUAAAUCAUUCUUUAUGAAUGGUGCCUGUUCUCCUUCAUUAUUAACAUCCCCGAUAACUUUCCCACUUGCAGCAGUUCCAGACUGCAGUUCCCCAAUGUACCUCUACCGUCUGAUGGCUGUUGUAGUUCAUCAUGGGGACAUGCAUUCGGGACACUUUGUGACAUAUCGCCGCUCUCCAUCUUCUCCCAAGGCCCCACUCUCUGUUAGUAACCAGUGGUUGUGGAUUUCAGAUGACACUGUGCGCAAAGCCAGUUUGCAAGAAGUGCUUUCAUCCAGUGCUUAUCUGCUCUUUUAUGAACGUGUUCACUCAAGAGUGCAGCACCAAAAUCAGGAGUUCAGGGCUGAAGAAUGACUUGACCUUUGGAGAAGGAUUAAAACCUAAGAAAACUGCUCUUGUGAGAUGUAUCUAGCACCUCUGUCUUUUAUGCAAAUAGCCCACUACCUGCCCCUCGAUAUGCCACUCCUUCCUGGCAAUGAUGCCUGGCUACUGCAGGGAGCUAAUGUCUCAUACCAAAAUGAUGCUGCUAGUGCUGGGCAUUUCCAGAGUGUGUAUGCAUUAGAGAAGAGUGUUUGCUGUUCAGAUAGUCUUCGCUCUGCAUGACAGAGCUGAUACAGGAAAUUUAACACAGGGACUUGCCACGGCCACAGUUUUUAUUCUGACCUUUAUGCAUGUUUUACAGAAGGAGCUGCUUAGAGUCACUUUAAGAUAGCCCUAGAAGUUAUUGGUGAGAGAGUACCACUAUCAAAGGCAAUGAUUUAAAAAAAAAUGAAGUGCCUUGAGAUUAUUUAAAUGGUUACAUUGCCGCUGUCUACAUCUAUAGUCUAUGGGAUACAUUCUGGUGAACAUCUAUAUCAAAGUAGUAUGAAGCACUGAAUCAAAUUUUUUGUCAUAGCCCCAGCUAAGCAAUUAAACGAGUUGCCUCUACUAAACAUGUCUGAUCUAAAAAACUCUCUAUUUGUAUAUUUCCCCCCAAUAUUUCAUUUCUUUGUUCAUCAUGGGAGUACUUCUGUCAAUACAAAUGGUAGUGUUCUGCUUCAGGGAAAUACUUAAAUAGUUGAUCAGUUGGAACUGAGAUGCUGCUUUGUUGCUCCAUAUCCUCAUACUCUAAAAGAUGUUAAGAGAAAACAGUGUAACCUAGCAAUCACUAUGGUAAUGUAUUUUGUCUGUGUGAAACAAUCUGAUACUGUUGCUUGAGAGCAUCAUGUCGACUGUGCCUCCCUGUUCUUAUCUGGUACUCUAAACUCACCUCUCCGACUUUAAUGAUGAGUGUUGCCAUGUCCUGUCAUCCCUUCAAAUGAAUGCCUUUUGGUCUGCAAUGGCACUUGAACUGGUUGUGAUUAUGAGCCUGGAACUCACGAUGGCCUAGAAUAUACACAGUUGCAUGGGGAGUGGUUGGCACCUACUCCAAUAAAAUAGUAGCUAAACAGGUUGGUGACACUGCAUUAGACCUUGCUGUUUUCAAACAGUGAUAUUAACUGUAUAUUGUUGCUCUUUGGUGCAUAAAAAAGAGAUGGGGAAAGAAGUAAGAAAUCCUUUGGGGUGUUUUUAUAAUAAUGGGGAUAAAGUGCACAGAUGUGGCUGUUCUUUUCUAUCGAUGUACUUCGAGGAUGAGGAAGGAAGUCUGAAUGUCAGAAUGGGUCUUUUCAGUGUAAGCCAGCAACUAAGUGUUCUGACAUCUACUGCCUCUCUAAAGUAGCUUUUUUUUCCAAAACAUUUUUAUAGUAACUGUACAUUUUGGAUUCAUAUCAUUCAACUGCCCCAUGUUGUUCAUAUACGUUUGGAGCUUUUUGAUAGGAAUCUGAAAAAACCAGCCACAAGAUCAUAGGCUAUGAAUGUAUACAACUUUGAGUUGAAUUCAUUUCAGAUUGUGGAUCAUAAUCCCUACUCAAGAAUAAUACUCAUAACCCAGAGAAAUUUGUAUAAAUCUGUUGAAAUAUCCAGUUUGAAGAAUUCUCAGCUUCUAUACUAAAGUGCUAGUAGCACUUUUUUUUAACCUUGCUUUUAUUACUCUUUAAAAAAUGCGAUACCAAUAAACUUUGUAAUCCUUGAAAUAAGAGCUAAACUCUGAAUGUGACACACAAAAACCAAAAAAGUCUAAGGCUGAAGUUUCUCUAUUCUAGAUAGAUGGAAGUGGGCUCUAUGGGCUUUGCAAAGCAGUGCUAGUUGUCAGCAAUGGUGGUAAACACAGGCAAAGCAGCUGUCAGACUGAAAUCCUGCCAGUUGUACUUUUGACCUUCCAAAUGUUUCCAUCUGAUAUUCCUGUAAAUCUUGCCAUAUAUAGACUCAAAAGUCUGUUUGAAAUAUUAACUCCUUUGAUUUUGUGGGUACCUCUGCUCACUGUUAGUAUUUGAACAAGUCUCUUGAUUAUGCAGUAAUAUAUAGUGUGUCAGAUAAUACCCAAUAGGAGGACUGUAAGCUUUAGGACUCAUCAGCCUCUUGAUUGUGUGAAACCCCACACUGUUAACAGUUGGGUGUGUGUAUGUAUAAUGUUUUCUGAAAAUUUUGUAUAGACUUUGCUCUUCACUAGUGACAUUUCUGUGUUCGUUUGGUGAGAGUGAAAGGCUGCGCACUGUCAUACAUCACUAAGCUACUUGUGUGUCACAUUGCCUGGAGGUUUUAGUUUGGAAUCUUCAGCAAAAGAUAAUAGGAAUGAGUGUUGCCUAAUCUCUUCCUGUCUUUAUUGCAAUAAAGGAACCGGAUUUCUUUUCUUAGCACUUGUGGAGAAGUGUCAAUACCGUGGUUGUGACGCUGAGAAAUGCUGAGCAACCACAACUUACAUUGGCUUCAGAGAAUUGCGUGUGGUUGGCAGCCCUUGUAAUCAGACCCUGGACAGAGUCGGGCCAGCUGAGCCUCGUGGGCAGAUACCUUUUGAAAUCAUUCAGGCACAGGGGUACACCCAAAUGGCUCACCUUCUAGGACUGGGAUUCUUGUGUCUGCCAGCCAGUGACAACAUUGUAAUUGUACAAAGGCUAGAGUUGUUGAAAAGGUUGUUAUGAAUGGAAUAAAAAAAUUUUAUGAAACAUUCACCGUAUAGAAAACUGGCCUCUGCUUACUCUGGUGUAACUAAGAACGGUUCUUAAACAGAAUUACUCGUUUUAAUGCUAGAUGUUAAUAAAAAGGUAUAGUGUUAGUCCAAAUCACUGAAUUUCUUUCCCACCACUGCUGUCUUUGAACUGCCUUUUCUCUUAUGGGCAUUUUUUUUACCUGUUCUGUACAAUACCAAUAAAAACUAAUUUAUU